AUGUCUUUUCUGGAUAAUAUUAAAAUCGUUGGCGCAAAAAUGGACGAGUUUGAGCAGGCGAAGAAGGAGCACGAUGCACUGCUUCAGCGCCAGAAAGAGGAAAAAGAGGAAAAAAUGGCUGCCGCUGCUGCAAAGAGGAAGCUGACAGCUAAAAAGAUGACGAAUUCAGUGAUUGUUAAGGAGGACAGGAGGGCACGUUGGGAGUCUGCGAAGACGAGUAGAGAUAGUACUUCCGUUCGAAACAGGCAGAUAUCCUCCCGACAGACAGCUAUGACAUCGCAACAGAAUUUUUCAGUCACAGUCACAAGUAAGAAUACAGCUUAUAUGACCAACAAAGGGACUGGGAUGUAUCACGUGACACCAGAAUCAUCUACACAAAGCAAGAAAUCCGUGCGACCGACAAGUUUACAGGGUCUUCCGAGGCGCGACGACGGCGAGGAUUUCUCUAAGGGGACGAAACGACUUGGAAAAUCAUCAGUUGGUAAGAAGGAUAAUUUGUCAUCGACAGGCGAUGACAAGCAGAUUAACGGAGCUGUGACUGGCGAUGAGAAUAGUGCCAGAUCGAAAAAUAAACCUGAUUACAAAACGUUCCUUGUGUCGACAGGUAAAGCCGUUUUCCAACAAAAGCAGGAAGAGAUUGAGACCGGAAGUGAUGUAAAUGAUGAUUUGAGCGCGAGUGACAAAAAUGCACAAAAGGAAAAAACUGGUAAAAGCGAUGUCGUAUUUGUUCCCGACGGUAAACAAGAUGGAGAUACAGGUGAUGGAGAGGCAGAAUCAAAAGAUAACGAUCAAAAUGGUGUUGCAACCGGAAGUGACCUUGAUAAUGGAAAUGCUGAUGAAAUGAGUGGUAACACUGAUGACAAAAAAAGCAGAACCGAUCCAAGUGAAAAUAAUUCUCUGGACAAAAAGGAUUCAGAAGGCAAAGAAAUAUCGGGACACUCAACAAAAGACGGCGAAAAAUCAGGUGCAGAAGGGUCAACGACUAAAGAAUCUGGUACACUUAUGCCAGGAAAUAUUGAGGGUGAUCGCCCCCUUAGCCAUCCGGAAGAGGUAACCAAAUACUUGCGCAGUGUUUACAAGUUAGUCGACACCCCGAAACAGUUACACAGCUUUACUGUUUGUCAGGAUUUUAUCGAUACAGUGUCUUGUGUAUCUGGAGAAAACGCUUGGAUGUUCUGUGACGGUAACAAACUUAUUCUCGUCAAUAAAGAUGGCGACAAACAGAGGUCGAUUCAACUAAGAGGUAAGAUAGGGGACUUCUGUACUCUUGCAUCAGGAGAAGUUCUGUUAACCCACAUGGACGAUUGUUGUGUAUACAGUAUCCAGGCCAACGGGGUCAUGACUUUGCAAUUUAAAACUGAACCACUGCAUCCGGUUGCAAUUCAACCCACCCAUGACGAUAAUCUUUUGAUUACAUUGGCGGAUGUAUGGGAUUACAAAAUUGAACCACAAAGCCAAAGACAACUACGCAUGUACAGUCGUGACGGCACGGUAUUGAAAACGCUUGAAUUUGGGCCUGAUGAAAAACGUUUGUUUUGUAAGCCAGGGCGCGUUCGAAUUUGUAAAAACAAUUUUAAUGUAGCUGUGUGCAACUUUGUCAAUGACAAACCCGGAAAUGAUUACAUAGUUUUCCUAGACAAAAAUUUGAAUGUUUUAUUUCGAUCUAACGAACGCUACUCCGUGCCAAGUGAACUGAAACCUCAAAGUCACGUGAUAUUUGACGAUAUGGUCUUUGAUUCCGGAGAUAACAUAGUUACGGUGGAGACUGUCUCAAAUAGUGUUCAACUAUUGGAUAAAAAUUGUCGAUAUGUGAAAACUCUAUAUAAAGACCCAACAGAUAACGAACAGCCGAUGUCCAUUGCCUUGGAUACGGAGGGAAAUCUCUGGAUUGGCUUUCAAAGAGGUCACGUGAAAAUUAUUAAAUAUAGAACACAAGUUUUGAAAGUUCAGGAGGGAAAAGAAUAA